AUGGCAACAGAGUCUCUGCGUCUCGGCCUCUCGCUUUUGCUGAAUCCUUCGUUCCCGAAGAAGCAGAAGCAAGAGCCGCAGCAGGAGCAGCAGCAGAAGCUCUCAAAGCCAGUUCCACCCUCUAAACAGCUCGUGUUUCACAUCUCGCAUCUUCCGAAAUGGAUGCAGCUGGAUCCGUAUAUCGUGCAUUGGUAUAGACCGCAGCUAGAUAGCUUCGAAGAGUGUUUCUGGUCCUUGUUCUACCUGCAUAACGAGUCUAUAAAUACCUGGUCGCAUCUUCUCCCCGGUGCAUACUUCGUCGCAUUGCUCCUGAUGGUCGAAUACUGGGUGUCCCACCUUCCAUUCAACGUCACCCUGGCAGAUGUUCUGGCUAUCCAGACCUAUAUUGCCGGGACGGCGGGAUGUCUCAUCUUCUCUGCGGUGUUUCAUGCGACAAAUGCCCACUCCAAAGAGGUCGCAACGGUGUUUCUCAAACUGGACUAUCUGGGAAUCAUUAUGACUAUAUCCACGACGUGCACGUCGAUGACUUACUUUGGGCUCUAUGACUCCCCCUUCCUUCAGACAACGUACAUAUCCUUGACCGUGUUCUGCGCUGCGUUGGUAUUCUGGGUUACGCUUGAUCCUCGCAUGGAUGGGGUCUACGCCGGGCACUGGAGAGCCGCUGUGUUCAUUCUUUUAGCAGCUAGUGGCUUAGCGCCAUUAUGCCAUGUUUCUCUUCUCGAGGGAGUUGCAGGUUUAGAGAAGUUCCCCUUGGAAACUCUGUGUGUUACGUGCAUAUCAUAUGCGGUUGGCACAAUGGUAUAUGUGUCUCGGUUCCCGGAGAAGUUCUGGCCGCAGAGAUUUGACCUACUGGGUGCGAGCCAUCAAGUCUUUCACAUUCUGGUUGCAUUUGGGCAGAUCGUUCACUUGUAUGGUCUGCGAGAUAGCCUCAUUCGGUGUUACUUGGACAAUAUGCUGGGGAAUUCAGUUCCUGGAGCCUGAGACGAUUUAGACGAGGGAUAGUCGCAUUUUUGGUGGUGCCAAGCAACAAAAGUUCUUGAUUUGGUUCCUGUGCAGGGUUAAGUAGUUUCAAUCGG